CAAUCAAUAUGAGCAAAAUUGAAUCUUAGUCGUGCAGAACGUUAAUCGUUCCCGGAAAUACGACGUCGCAAAAUUCCUUCAUUUCACGGAACUGUAUAUCUUAUUUAUCUUAAAAAUUGUUCAACUGCCCAUCCUGGGUCCAGCCUAUAGACAUACUCGUAGAUGUUUACAAUUUUAUUUUGAGUCAAUACGGGUGCCAUCAUCAGCAUAUCCUCCAGUCGUAGCAUGACAACUGUCAUGCCAUUCAGAUGGCUAUAUAUAUAGGACGGUAUUCUAUUACACAAGACCACUUUUAUCAUAUGCUCGAUCGACGCUGUUACUGCUGUCCUUAACCAAAUGCUAAGGAACUAAGACUGAUUUUCCCUACAUGUGUAUUUUUAGAAGAUGGAAAAAAGCUUAUUUUUACUCGUGCUUGUUGCGUUACUGUCACCCACAUUGUCCAAAGUUUGCGUCACGCAAUUUUGCAGUUGUACGGACAUGGUGAACGCUACCGUUGACGUUAAAUGCAGAUUGACAAAUUUGACGGAACUUCGAAAACACUUCGACAACACGGAUAGAAUUCAUUCACUGGAUUUGUCAUCGAACCAACUAAAGAUCAUUCCAGAAUUUGUCUUCCGGGGAUUUUCAAACGUAAAAAACCUGACAUUGGCCGAUAAUGACCUCGAGGAGAUAGGAAACGCCAGUUUAAGUGGAUUAAAGAGCCUUUUAUACCUAAACUUAGCCAACAACAAACUACGCAAAUGGAACGGAAACCUUUCAGUCAAUACCCCAGAGCUUGAAACAAUUAACAUGACAGGGAAUUAUUGGUUGCCUAGCAACAACGUUCUUGAGCUAAAAUACUUGCGUGACAUUGGCGGAGUCACGUGGACAGACAAUUGCGCCGAGUGUUGCCUCUCGAAAGAGACCUCUCAAAAUAGCGUCACAUGGGAGAACCUAAGAUCCGAGAUGUACUAUAUAGGAAUCGAAGGGGACUGCAGGGCGAUCCAAUAUACAGUAUCCAAGGAAGUCCAAACAUUUGCCAAAUAUGGCUUCUACCCAAAAUGCCUGAAAAAUGAUCAAUGCAAAGUUUCUGUGCUGACUUCCAAGCCGAUACAUCGAUGCUGGGACACUGAUAAUAAUAUUCUUAACGUUGAAUACUUGAUCGCGCCUAUCUCCCUCGCGCUAAACAUCAUUGUGAUGGUUAACACUCUGACAGACCGCCAUUUACGUGGGAACGUGGCUUUACUGCUGGUGACUAACAUGGCAGCAAGUGACAUCCUGUUGACCGUUUACACGCUAGUCUUGGUUAGCGUGCGAAAGAUUCCAUAUGAAGACUUUCUUAAAAUCAUGAGCGAUUUUUGUCCAGUUGCUGGAUUUCUGUGGUUAGUGGCGCAAAUAGUGACUAUCACAACUUCAGUGCUUCUGACGAUAGAGCGGUACCUUACAAUUGUGUAUUGCAUGAACCCUGCGGCACGACUGCGAAGAAAAGAAGCCAUCAUUUGCUUGAUCGUCUUCUGGGUCAUCGCUACAAUCAUUGCUAUUCUCCCGACAGCUGGAAUAGGCGUAUAUACUAGUAACACGUACUGCGUCCCAGUGCGACCAUUGAGAGACAUUCCUCAUAUGCUUGAGCUUGGUGUCGGGAUAGGUUCUGUGGCUGUGUUGCUAUACCUCGCUACGAUACCUCUAUACGUGCAUAUCUAUAUCUAUGUUGUAAAAUCCAAGCAAGGGGCGCCUACUGCUACAAGCGGAAAAGUGCUCAAGGACUUCUGCCUUGCUCGACGCAUCGCAAUUAUGGUCUUUAGCAACAUGUUGUUCUUUUGUAUCCCUGUCUCCAUCGGGUUGCUAUGGCUGGUUGGGAACAUUACCAAGGGAAUGUCACCGAUUGCUAAAGAAAUAAUCACGGGAGUUAUACCAACAUUAUGCUUUUCGUUGAAUGCACUGAUCAAUCCUCUGUUGUACGCGUUCAGGAAUCAUAAGUUCAUGCAUUCAUUACAGACUCGGUUGCAGCUGUGUCGAAAGAGAACUAGAACAAUGAGCUUGACUCCCGUGUCCAGUUCUCGGUUGACAGACAAUGAAAUCCCUAAAGCAAAUGCCAACAAAAAAUGAGGUUUUGAAAUAGCAUUGUGAAAUGUUGACAGGUUUAUUCGCAUAAGGGAGCUCGUACAUUUACCCGGGUCCAAUUUUCUGUCGCCGGACAUUGAAACACCAAAGAUACCGAUUAACACAAGUCUGCGUUGUGAGGUGGUAAGAUACUGGUGAGCUGCUCCAUGUCGUCCCUUGACUAGUUCUUCAAUAGGGUUCUGGAUUCCAUGUGGGUUUUUUUUCCGUGGAUUCCGGAUUUCAUUUUUGUUUUCCAGGAUUCUUGUUUUCCGGAUUCCAGCUUAAGUAUUGAAUUCCGGAUCCCAGUGUGUGGAUUCCGGAUUCCAGUAGCAUGGAUUCCGGAUUCCAAGUCUCAUUUUUUCAUGGAUUCCGGAUUACCUGUCGUGGGGCGAUUCAAGGAGAGGGAUUCGUUAACCGAGCUCUUGCAUUGUAUGAUAACUACGUUUUUGGAUGUUGUAGUAUAUAGUGGAAUAUUAAAGACUUAAAAGAGAAAUUUACUGCAGACAAAUGCCUAAUAAAGGCUGCAUUGUACUAUAGCUGAUACUAUGGGGUGGAAGUAUAAUAAACUGCAAAUUCCUUUCA